UAACACUAACAUAACAUAACAUAACAUAAUUAGAUAAGAAAAAGGGAUCUUAGAAGUUAGAAGCAACUCAAGAGAGAUCAGAUCAGAUCAGAAUAUCAGAUCAUCACUUCUCAAAACAAAAGCCCUUUUAGGGUUUUGAAGGACAGUGACGGAAUGGAUCAAUCGUUCCUGGUAAUGCUAUCGAAUCUCCUCCACCUCCACAAUUCUUUAGACCCCACCACCUCUCUCCUCUCCGACACAAUCUCUUCCACAACCGCCUCCGCCUCCGCCUCACCUUCCUCCGCCACAUCCCCAACCUCUCUCCUCUACUCCUCCUCCAUAGCCCCACUCCUCUUCUUCACCAUCGCCUCCGUCCUCUCCUACGUCGCCUCCACCCGCCCCACCACCUCCUCCACCACCACCACCACCACCACAACCACCACAACUCAACCACAACCCAACGCCUCCGACUACUCCGUCUCCGCCUUCCGAGCCCUCACCACCGAACACAUCUGGUCCCUCGAAGCCCCCCUCCGCGACGCGCACUGGCGCUCCCUCUACGGCCUCUCCUACCCAGUCUUCACCACCGUCGUCGACAAACUCAAACCCCACAUCGCCGUCUCAAACCUCUCCCUCCCUUCCGAUUACGCCGUCGCCAUGGUACUCUCCCGCCUCGCCCACGGCCUCUCCGCCAAAACCGUCGCCGCGCGCUACUCCCUCGACCCUUACCUCGUCUCCAAGAUAACCAACAUGGUCACGCGCCUCCUCGCAACCAAGCUCUACCCAGAAUUCAUCAAGAUCCCCGUCGGUCGCCGACGCCUCGUGGAAACCACACAGGCCUUCGAAGAACUCACCUCACUCCCAAACAUGUGCGGCGCCAUCGACACCAGCCCCGUCAAGCUCCAUAGCCUCCCAAACCCUAACCCCGCAACCUAUCGUUGCCGUUAUGGUUACCCCUCUGUUCUCCUUCAGGUUGUCUCCGAUCACAAGAAAAUCUUCUGGGACGUUUGUGUGAAGGCUCCAGGUGGCACCGACGAUGCAACCCAUUUCAGGGAUAGUCUUGUCUACAAUCGCCUCACAUCUGGGGAUGUUGUUUGGGACAAGGUGAUGAAUGUACGAGGUCACCAUGUUCGUCCUUACGUUGUUGGGGAUUGGUGUUACCCUCUGUUGCCGUUUUUGCUCACCCCAUUUUCCCCAAGUGGAAUGGGCACCCCUGCACAGAACCUGUUUGAUGGAAUGCUCAUGAAGGGAAGGUCGGUUGUUGUGGAAGCGAUUUCAUUGCUAAAAGGAAGGUGGAAAAUCCUUCAAGAUUUGAAUGUUGGCCUUCAUCAUGCCCCACAAACGAUCGUUGCUUGUUGUGUGUUGCAUAACUUGUGUCAGAUUGCUAGGGAACCCGAACCUGAGCUGUGGAAGGAGCCUGAUGAGAGUGGACCUCAACCUAGGGUGCUGGAUAGCGAGAAAUCAUUUUAUUUCUUUGGGGAAAACCUGAGGCAAGCUCUCGCUGAUGAUUUACACCAAAAGCUUUCCUCAAGAUAGUUAGUUACUUGCUUUAUUUACAUGGUGUACCAACAUGUGUAUCAAUCAGUAUAUUUUGAUUUUGAAUAAUUUAUGAGCUUGUGGUUAGGAAGCAGAUGUAGAACUAGAAUACAAGGUUUCUGGAUGUAGAGGACUACUGACAUUGUUUUCAGACAAGUUUAACUCUAAUGGCAGAGCUUCAUACUCUCAC